AUGCGAGAUUUAAAAACAUAUUUAUCCGUGGCACCAGUAAUAAGUACUUUAUGGUUUGGGUCUUUAGCAGGCCUAUUGAUAGAAAUUAAUCGUUUUUUCCUUGAUGCGCUGACAUUCCCUUUUUGA